GAUUUGAAGCAGUGUAGCAAGUCUGUCUGCCACUGCCAAAACAUUUCACUACAUACUGACCAAUCAUAGUGAGUUACUCGAUUUUGGCGCCAAAGUGGAUUUUAUGAAGUUAGCGAAUGGUAGAUGGCGCUAAUAGAAAUAACGCUUUAGUGGCAGAAAGAGUUAAGAAUAAUAUUUUGUUAUCGAAAGAACGGUUAAAAAUACACGUUGAGGAAAUAUGACUUACGAAGCCAUCCUGGCACACACUUAAUUUCUAUCAUUCUUUCCAAUACUAGUCGGAGGACAUGGGAGGAGAGUGUUUUUAAAGGUCUUCCCAGAAGGUGAAAUUAAAAGUUGAGACAGAAAUUUGUGUUAGUUCGGGCUGUUUUUUUUCCUUUAUAUCUGACAGCUUCCGAAGCUAAUGUAUGUUGUUAACUUGGCAACAGCAAUUGAACUCUCCUGCAUGCAUGCUCAAAGCAUUAAUUUUAACAAUUUACUUUCGAAUAUAUUUUCCAAUGAAAAGGGUAGAAAAUUUCAUUUGACAUGUAUCUCCUGGUCUGAUAUGAACAUAUUUAUACAGUUUCACAAGUGUUUGUAUUGGCUAUCGUGUUAUUGUAGCAAUGAGUGACCGCAUUCCACCUGUGCAAACUGUAAAACAAUUGCCUCGGCCGAAAAAACUAACAAAAAUAGACACGUUGAUCUUUUCAUAUGCAAAUGUAAAUGAUUAUUCACAAUGCGACAACGUAAAUUUUGUAAAAUUGUGAAGCAUCCCGCUGAAAAUUGGUCUUAUGAAAAUGCGAGUGAGAUUCGAUCAUGAAUUGAUAAGAGAGAAGUGAAUUUAUACGCAAAGGCUAAAAUUAUAUGCGAUAUACUGGCAAUGUGCGAGGCUAAACUGCGUGUUGAUCUCGACUGGUCUUGUGUGUACUCCAGAAAAUAUCAUGGCACCUCUUCUGUCGAGCUCACAGCGAUAUUAUAAAUCGGCCAGAGCAGAAAACAAUAACAGAAAAACACGCGAUUUUGAUCCUCGCAGUAAGCCACAAUCAGGUAAUUUUAUGACGCGUUUUGCUUCUAACAACACGGGUUUGUUAUGUCUCUUUGGCAUCCUGGUUUUGCCAAUUCUCAUUGGCCUCGCUCUCGGCUACCUGUUUAUAAUUCUGGGAGUUAGCGCGUACAAGAAUUUAACGGGUAAACGUUCACGAGAAAAGGCGGUGAAGGAAGCAUCGGAAAAGAUUCAAGUUGUUAUGGGAGACAAAGUCGUGGAUUCGUCCUUCCCUAAAACCGUUUCUUUGAACGUUCAAGAGACGAAGAAUCGUAGUUAUGGUUGUCCUCCUCCGACAAAAUACUACUAUCAUCGUUUAUGUAACUAUUCUAACGAUGUUGUGAAUGGUGAUGCAAAAACCUACAUUGACGAAAGCUCCCUAUCCGGGGAAGAGACAGAUAGCAGGUCACGUGAGAAAUCUCCAGUGAGUGCCCCGGAUGUUGAAGACUCUAACUCUAGUACGCAUGCGUCACUUGAGGAUAAUUUGGAUAAGACUGAAGAGGAGGUCGACAGAGAAGAGAAAAGUUUUACACAAGACAAGGAUUCUGGCGUUUCUGGGGAUGAAAACAGCCCUGCGAAAAGAAAGAAAGCAAAUUCUGGCGCUAAUAUUCCAGCGACGCCUGAAAAGAAGAGAUUAGAUUUACCAGAAAGCAAUUCAAGGGAGAUAAACUUAAAUGAAGUUGGCUUCAUAGGUGAAGACAGAACACCUUCGCCUGACAAUACAGAUGGCAAACUUGGAAAGAUUCGUUUCGCGCUUCACUACAAUGUCGCUAAGACAGAACUGCAAGUGAACAUCAUAAAAGCGGUCGAUCUUCCCAUAGCUGACAAUAAGGAAGGUAUCAACCCUUUGGUGAAGAUAUCCCUGCUCCCGCAGCAAUACUGUUGGCAACGCACCAAGAUCAUCGAAGGAACACCAGACCCUGUUUUUAACGAGACAUUUGUCAUCUCAGGUUUCUCAAAAGACAGAAUCAAAGAAUACGAGCUUAAGUUCAGGGUGGUGAAUUUUCACGACAAAUUGAAAGACCGUUAUGGUGAUGACGUCAUAGGAGAGAUCCUUUUCCCCUUGUCAGAGUUGAAGUUGAUGGAAAACAGAGCCUCGUUCUCAAUCACCAAAUGGCUGUAUCUUGCACCUCCGCAUCCCUACGGGAUGGAGGCAGACGACCUUGGAGAGCUUUGUGUUUCUUUAUGCUUUCGACCAAUCAGCGGCCGACUCAUUGUAACAGUCACGAAGAUUCGCGGCUUACCAAAGGCAACGGCUGACCGCACAGACCCUUACGUUAAGCUCGCCCUGUACUGUGAUGGCGUCCGCUUAUCCAAAGCCAACACACGUGUCAAAAGACGCAGCCUUAAUCCGGUGUUCAAUGAAAAGUUCAACUUCAAUGUGUCCGCUGACCAGAUAUCUCUUACUACCGUAGUGCUCAAGAUUGUCAAUCAUUCCGAGAUCAACGUUGGCGGUGGGGGAUUGGGAACGGUUAUUCUUGGAUUUGAUUCGUUUGAUUCUGGGCAGGAGCAGUGGAAGUCAAUGAUUGAAUCACCGAGCAGACACAUUGAAAAAUGGCACAAACUGCACAAAGAUCUGUACUGAGAAUUCAUGUUUGAAAAGGGCAAUUCAAUUGUUCUUACGAGAAUUGUCUUAUAACUGAUUAGUUAGGCUGUAGUUUUUUUCCUUACGAAAAAGGUGAUUAACUUCGACAGGUAUGCCUCUAUUUCGCUCGUUUAUAGCAGUUUAAUUCUGUAUCAACUGUCGCAAACUGAUCAAUACCUGCAGCCACAAGUAAGGAGAUAAACUGAUCACAACUUGUAACCAAUGGCAAGCACAGGAAGACGUCUAACUGGUGCAAAAGUGGGAAGUAUGGGCCAGGAACAAGCGCAGGCAAACGAAGAAGUGGUGGCACGUAAUGGCGGGAAGACUCGCAAACUGGUGGCGUACGCUGGAAAUAUGGAAUCCGUGUUAAGCGCGGGGUUUACAAAGUAACCAUUGAUUAUGGUUGGCUGAAGAGGAAUCUUUGUUUUAAGCGGGUAUAUAACAUACUGCAAGCACUGAUUUUUCUUUCUUUCUCGUCUCUAAAACAUCAUUUGAAAACUGCUCUAAUGAUUCAUAGUCUAUAGAAUAUCUCUCAAUCGACAGUACUGAGCACGAGCCGAUAGAGAACUUUCAGUGUGGAAUUGAAAAACCCUCUCAGAGAACUGUAAUUAUUGAUGAGAUACGGGGAUUUAUUGAGAACUGUUUAUAACAGUGUAGGACUGGUACCAAGAAGAGGUUGCCAGCAACAAGGACUGGUACCAAUACAAGGCUUCCAGCUAGGCGUGGCAGCCCAGGAUGUUAAAAAAAAUUACCAAGCGUCAUUCGUCCUUCGCGCUAACAGCAAUUAUAAGAGUUAUUUCUUGAUGUGUGAUAGCUGUAGAUAGGGUAAACGUUUUCAGUGCCAUGUCACUUUGUCAGUUGUGCUGAAAAUAGGUCACUUAAUUUUGUAGAAAGAGUACAAAAGAAUGGGACCAAAGAUGA